AUGGCAGAAGAACCUAUGCUCUUGCGAAUCCCGCCCGAGAUUCGCAUGCUGAUAUACGACUAUCUUCUCGACAACGGCGGGACCAAAGAUAUUUCAAUUCGAAAUCAGUCGAAACGUGAAUACGAGGCGCGCCGUUCGAAGAUCCAACGUUCAGCAUAUCAUAUAAUGGAGCGAACUAUCGCAAGAAAGUCAUACAAAACGACAUAUUGCGCCGACCCUCGUCCCCGCCGAUCGAUGCACACUGCAGUUAUGCAGAUCAACAGGAAAAUCCGAGAGGAAGCCUCUCAUUACCUGUACACCAAGCAUGCUUUUCACUUUGGCGAAGACCUUGAGGCCUUGGUGCCCUUCCUCACUGAUAAGACGCCACGCACUAGAGACUUAGUCCGGGAGAUCAGCCUCUACAAGCGCAGUCCAACAAAUGUGAUGGAACCAGAUUCAUAUGACUGGUCUUCUGUGUGUCGUUCGCUGCGAAGUUUGCAAAGCUUGGAUAAGUUGACACUUGUCAUUGAAGGCGCUCGGCCACGAGGGUCAUGGGACGGCCCGCAGAGCUUGACGGUGUCUGACUUUCGACUAUUAUAUACAACUCGGCAUGAAAGCUUGGAAUGGGCGCGGGAACUGGCAACGAUAAAAACAAUCAAGGACGUCGUCAUCGUUGCUGAUAUUCACAACCUGCCUCAUCCCGAGUCGAACAUGAUGCUGGUCCUUGCCGCAUUUUCAUCUUCGAUUGAUACGUCGUUGGUGGACUUUCUUCGCGAUGAUCUGGGGAUUCCUGCGCGGGUUGGACAACCACAGUAUUGUGGUGUUGGAGUGUUCGGCCGGUCCAGAAAAUGUGAGAGAAAUGGAUGUCUGACGACUUUGGAAGAUUGA